UUUAAACAAAAGUUCUAAUACUGAAAGAACUUGUACACUUCUUGGAAAUUACAGGAAAUUUUCUUCUGCUCCCAAAAUAAAAAGCAUUACCAGACUCCAUUCUUCCUGUGUCUUCAAAAUAUUUUUCUUUUUCUCUGAUUGACUUCUAGCUUAAUGCCCAUUAGUCACAAUGGCUGUAUUGGAAGAGCUGCCCGUAAAGCAGAGAGCUCCAAAAGGCAACAUUAUUGAGCGAUUGUUAUCCGACUGCCCACUGGAAAAUGCCCGCUCAUGGACCAGGGAGUCCAACGUCACCAGUGGCCAUUUUAUCCAAAGAAUUCGAUUAUACUAUGGCGUCAAAAUUGGAUACGCCAGUGGAGGUUUCGCUGCUGUGUGCAUGUCAUACUUGAAUACCAAUUUGAUAAUAAUUGCAUCCUUGCCCCAUAACUUUCGGAUUCAGCUUCCAAACAGAUCCUUAAAUUUGCAUUUGCCAAUUGCAACGUGUCAUCUUCAGGAUUAUUCGGCUUGCAACUCGGUUGUAGUUAAUUUGGAUGUGGUUGAACCAUCUUCCAACCAACAACAUCAACAUCAGGUUUGUGCUUUUGGACCAAUUCUUUGUCAUUUUCUUCUCAUAUUUACUCUGUGCCGUUAAGUGGCAUUAAUGAUAAAUCCUAGGCUGAAAAUUUAUUACUCUUCCCGGAU